GUCGGGCAGCGAUCAGUUCGUAUUCGUCAGCCGCGACCGGUGGAUUAACUCAAUUUUAAGCGGUAGGAUUGCGCGUUAGUAAUAAGUACCCUGGCUGUCCGUUCAGCCCAGGCUAAUUUGUGAUCUGAAUAGCAAGUGGCGAGCUAAUAACAAUAAUAAAUAGUGAUAGGUGACCGGUUGGAAGCCGUGAGCACCAAGUGAUCAUUAGUGCUGGGAUUCCCAGAAUUCUGGGAAAAUUUUAUAAGUGACAUUGUGUUUUUACGGUAGUUCUAGUGAAAAAGAUUAGAAUGGGGCAUGUUACGAUGUCCCCACCGUGGGCGUUAUCACUAAUGGUGUUACUUUCGGGUUUCAUAGUGAGCUGCAAUUGCGAAGGGUAUUACACCGUCGUUGGAUCGAAACUGCUGCGGCCGAACUCAGAAUACCACGUGUCGGUGAGCAAUUUGAAUGUUCGUGAGCCGGUACGGUUUCGAAUCACGUUGAACAACACACAAACAGGAACGCCCCUAGCUAGCGAGGAUCUAUCUCUGGGUCAAGGUGAAUCCCGGUUGAUUCCUUUCAGUAUCGGUGACAUAACGGAAGGAGAUUACAGUUUGACCGCCGAGGGGUUAUCGGGAUUCGUUUUCAAGAACGAAACUUCACUGACUUUCCAACCGAAGAGUUUUUCGGUGUUUGUGCAGACAGAUAAAGCCGUGUACAAACCGGGUGAUACCGUUCGGUUCCGAGUGUUGGUGCUGGAUCCCAACACGAAGCCCUUGCAAAAGAUCGACACCGUUAAAGUGCACAUCACCGACGGCAAAAACAACCGUAUCAAACAAUGGAACACCGCCAAGUUGGUGAAGGGGGUUUUCGAAUCGGAACUCGCACUAUCGUCUGCUCCUGUUCUGGGGAAUUGGAAGAUCAACGUGGAAGCUUUGGGAACUAAAAAGACCCAAGAAUUUGAAGUCGAUGAGUACGUACUGCCCAAGUUUGAAGUCACUGUUGAAUCUCCAGGAAUCACAACUCUGAAGGAUGGAAAGGUCAAAGCGAUCGUUCGGUCAAAAUACACCUAUGGAAAACCAGUCAAGGGUGAGGCCACCGUGUCGGCAUACCCGGACUUCAAUUUCCACUACGUCCAGCCUUUCGAACGGGAUGUGAUCACGAGAAAAACCGUUCCGAUCGAUGGUAAGGGAUCGGUGGAAUUCGACCUACGUGACGAGAUCAAGCUACAAGGCGAUUAUACUAGAACCAUUGUGAUCGAGGCCGUGGUAGAGGAAGAGUUGACAGGUCGCAAACAGAAUUCAUCCACGAAGGUCAAAAUCUACGAUCGCGCUUAUAAUAUGGAGCUGGUGAAGAGUUCGGAGAAGUUCAAGCCUGGACUGCCGUACACUGCGUGGCUGAAGGCAACAUUCCAGGAUGGGGCACCUCUUCAGGAUGACACCAAUUCGGUUAAGGUGACUCAAGAGUUUGGUUGGCCAAACCAGAACACCACAGAACACACCUACAAGCUGGACAAGAACGGCAUGGCUAAGCUGAUCAUCGAUACGGAAACAUCAUCGGACUCGAUCUCUUUCCGAGCGGAUUAUCUGGGUUCGACAUUCUACCUGGGAUCGAUCUCGCAGGGCUGGGUGAAAUACAGUGCCUACAUGCGAGCUAAAGUUCUGACCGAGACUCCAACCAUCAACAAAGACAUCACAGUCGACGUAUCCUCUACCGUGCCAAUGAAGUACUUCAACUACCAGGUGCUUGGCCGCGGGGAUGUUAUCAUCGGAGGCACAAUUCCCGUCCCGGACCGCAUGUCCCACACGUUCCGUUUCCCGGCCAGCUUCGCAAUGGUACCGAGAGCCCGUUUGGUGGUCUACUUCAUCCAUUCCGAUGGUCAAAUGAUCAGCGACUUUGCUGAAAUUGAAUUUGCCAGCGAGUUACAAAAUUUCCUGAAAGUGCAACUGUCCAAGACGGAGUCCAAACCCGGCCAGGACGUCGAUAUCACCAUCAGCACCAAUCCGGAUUCGUACGUCGGCCUGCUCGGUGUCGAUCAGAGUGUACUGCUGCUGAAGAGUGGAAACGAUCUGACCACCGGAAAGGUGUUCGAUGAUCUGAAGACCUACGAGGAGGCGGCUUACAUGCAGUACAGGAGAAAACGCUACGCUCCGUGGCUGCGGAGGAAUUAUUACGAUGAUUUCAAUGAUGCUGGAGCUGUCAUCAUGACCAAUGCUAACGAACAACCUGCAAACGACACCCGUCUACCGCCAAUCACGUACAAGCUACAGCGAGCUCCCGACGGAACUCCACUGUACACGGUGAUCGAGAAGAAUCCCCGCUUCCUGCCGGUGCACAAGUUCAAGACCAACACGCGUCCUCCGUUGGCUGGACCGUUCGCAUUCAGUCGCAUUCCGCGACCCCAUCGGGACAUUCCUCGGGUGUUCCUGUCGCGUGAAAUCGCCGACACCUGGUUGUUUGAGAAUGCCUACUCGGGUUUUUCUGGCGAGAAGACUAUCACUAAAAAGGUUCCCGAUACCAUAACCUCCUGGAUGAUCACUGGCUUCUCGGUAAGUCCAGUUUAUGGACUGGGUUUGACUCGCCAGCCAAGGAAGCUGAAUGUCUUCUUGCCAUUCUUCGUAUCCACCAAUCUGCCAUACUCGGUCAAACGAGGAGAAGUGGUGUCGAUUCCAAUCGUGGUCUUCAAUUACAUGGAUACAGAUCAAACGGCCGAUGUCACCUUCCACAAUACCGAACAGGAGUUUGAAUUUGCCGACGUGGAGAACGAGGUUCAUGAAAAUGCUAAACUUGAACUAUUCCGCAAGAAGGCUGUCCACGUCCCUGCCAAUAGCGGCAAAACGAUCCCGUUCAUGAUAAAGCCAUCGAAACUGGGACACAUUACAAUCAAGGUUACGGCUACUACCCAGCUGGCUGGAGAUGGUGUUGAGCGCCAGUUGCUCGUUGAACCGGAAGGUCUACCCCAGUACGUUAACAAGGCUGCGUUCGUCGAUCUGCGUGCUACUCCGGAGGUGAACAACAACUUCACGGUUGAGGUUCCCAAGAAUGCUGUUCCUGAUUCGACUCGUGUGGAGAUUGCUGUCAUCGGUGACGUAUUGGGCUCAACGAUUCAAAACCUGGACUCGUUGAUCCGCAUGCCGUACGGAUGCGGCGAACAGAACAUGUUGAACUUUGUACCGAACAUCGUUGUUUUGGAUUAUCUGAAGAACACCAAUCAACUUACGACAAGCAUUGAGGAUAAGGCAAAGAAGUACAUGGAGUCCGGAUAUCAACGGGAGUUGACCUACAUGCAUGAUGAUGGAUCGUUCAGUGCAUUCGGCAAGUCGGAUCCUAAGGGAAGCACCUGGUUGACUGCGUUUGUCGCCCGCUCGUUCAAGCAAGCCGCCGAUCACAUCAGCGUUGACGAAAAGAUCAUCGACAAGUCGCUGGAGUGGUUGAGUGAUCAGCAAUCUUCCAAUGGUAGUUUCCCGGAGGUAGGAAAGGUUUCGCACACGGAUAUGCAGGGUGGAUCUGGACAGGGUAUCGCUUUAACCGCCUACACCUUAAUUGCGUUCUUGGAGAACAAGAACCUUAUCCCCAAGUACACCAACGUCAUCAACAAAGCUUUGGACUACAUCGUGAGAAAUACGGACGGACUAGAUGAUAACUACGCUCUGGCGAUCGCAGCGUACGCUCUUCAGUUGGCUGAUCACAGCGCUAAAGACUACACUCUUUCCCAGUUGGAUACGAAGGCUACUACCGAUGAAGACCAGAAAUGGUGGAACAAGCCCAUUCCGGAAGCCGACAAAAAGAACCCCUGGUACAGCAAGCCCAACUCUGUCAACGUGGAAAUGUCUGCAUACGGAAUGCUUGCAUUCAUGGAAGCAGGACUGGAUAGCGAUGCCUUGCCAAUCAUGAAGUGGCUGAUCUCGCAACGUAACGACAAAGGUGGAUUCCAGUCAACCCAGGAUACUGUCGUCGGUCUGCAAGCUCUGGCCAAACUGGCAGCUAAGAUUUCCACCAAGAACAAUGACGUUACCAUUGUUGUUACAUACAACGAAAACCAGCAGAAGGAAAUGAAGGUCAACGCUGACAACAACAUGAUCUUGCAAAAGUUCGAGCUUCCGCCGUCAGCCAAGAACAUCGACAUCAAGGCAACUGGACGAGGAUUCGCCGUCGUUUCGUUGGGCUACAAGUACAACAUGAAUGUCACCGGAGAGUGGCCGCGAUUCGUCCUGGAUCCACAGGUCAACAAGAACUCUAAUCAGGACUACCUGCAUCUGACUGUUUGCACGAACUUCGUUCCAUCUGCCGGGCAAAAUAAAUCUAACAUGGCCGUUAUGGAGGUUGGUUUCCCAAGUGGAUUCACCGCUGAUUCGGAUACACUGCCCUCGCUGGAGAACACCGAGUACAUCAAGAAAGUGGAGCUGAAGGACGGAGACACCGUCGUCGUCAUGUACUUUGACAGUCUGGACCGUAACGAACUGUGCCCGACGGUUUCCGCCUUCCGUACGCAUAAGGUCGCCAAGCAAAAGCCCGCCCCUGUGGUCAUCUAUGACUAUUACGAUAACUCUCGCAUCGCUCGUCAAUUCUACAAUGGCCCGGCAGCUGGGCUGUGCGACAUCUGCGAGAAUGAAGACUGUGGAAACUCGUGCUCGAUCAAGUCGCAGAAGCAGCGAUCACCGAAGGAUGAAUCGGUGCCGACGGGCAAGAGCGGAGCCGUUGCCGUCACACUCGGACUCCAGGUGAUUGUUGCUGCUCUGUUGGUGAGGUUGUUCCAUUGAUUCUCGAGGACGAAGGAUCAUGACGGGACAGUGCGAAGGAGAAAACUUGCAAUAAUCUUGCUAGAGUGAAAGAAGACAACCGCGAUGAUAGCUUUAUGUACCUAGUGGAAGAUUAUUGUGAUUUGAGUGGUAUGAUUUUCGGAUAAACAUUUUACGUUCUAAAACUGAUUUUAAUAUAGAUAAUACAAAACCU